AUGUUCCCCGACGAGCUGAAGGGGCUGACGCCGGUCGAAGAGAAGCUCAUCUCGUUGAACUCGUGUUACGGCUUUGUGACGAGGUAUAACAUUCCGGGCGGGCAGACGCAGGCAGUGAGGUAUCCGAGACAUGUCAAGGGCCACAUCACGGUGUUUCCAAACAACGUGCAGGAGCUGGCGAGAAGGGUGCUCCCGCACCCGCUCUGGCAAACAAUGGACGAGAUCCACGUCUCGUGGCAGGGCGCGGAGAAGCCAGCACCGUGCGACUUAUCGGGUCUCUUGUCGGUGAGGCGUCAAGUCGUCGAGAGAGCGCUUAUCUGGUUGAAGAAGAAUAACCCCCAUUACGCCGAUAUUGAGAUUGAUAGGGCGGAAAUGGAUAGCUGGGGAACACCAUCACACGGUGUGCCGCGGGUGGUCUACGACCGCAUGGAGCGGAACGAGCCGUCUGCGUGGGAGAAGACGCGAACGGCGCAGGUCGUGCCGCCCGCAGAGCGGGCCAUGGACGACGAUAGUCCGGCGGAGAUCGAAGGAGUCCUCGCCCAGCUCCUCCAAGGACAAGACGUAUUGGACAGGGGGAGUCGAGAAUCCGAGGGGAGUGGAGCGGACGGGACUGACGAUGCUGAGCCCGAUGACAGAGCCAAAACGAUCAACGAGAUCACCUCUUCCGGCAUGUUUGCAUUGGACGGACCGCCGGAAGUGUCGGACGCAGAGAAGCUCCGCUUUGCGUGCAAUGCCGUGGGUGGCGAUGGGGCCGAGAACGACCGCAAGGGGCCGAGGGCAUGGAUAAGGUCGGCGGAGGCGGGUCAAGAAGGCACGGAUGUCCGCGAGCCAUACAUCCACGUUUGUCGCGGAGACGAAUUCGCCGACUCGCUCGACGCCUCGUUCUUCGCCAAGACCUUCCCACCCUACUGCCGUUCGGAUUUGGAGGACCACGGCUCGCGGAGGAAGUCAUCUUAG